GAAUCGAUGACUGUUUUUUUUAGGGACAUUUUUGAUUCCAUCAGAGAAUUUUUGACACGAAGGCUGAAGAAAAAGCCGGCCUCCUAUUUGGUCGACGAUUACAUAUGCGAUUUUUUCAAAAAUGCAGUAUCAUGUUGUGGAGGCAGUAACAUGCUUUCCCCAUUUGUAAGCGAGAUACUUCAGAUUAUUUUCUCCACAAGUACGUCCUAUUUUCCUAAAAGCAUUCCCAUCUUGACGCAGCAACUGCUGUCAUGUCUGAUUGAAAUCAGCACAUUGUUUCCGGAAUAUUUAAGCUACAUCCAAAAUAACCUUCUCGAAAUCAUAUCGGUGUCACUUUUCGACAUCGGGGUUUCCAACUUGACCUCAAAGUACUUGCUCGCCUUCAAUCUGGACCUCAUCAAGCCCAAAGACAAUUUUCAAGAAAUAAUCGCCUCCCUUCGGGCUCUGUAUAAUUUUAACUUUCAUAACCUGUCCCUUGAUGUGUUUUCUCUUGGGAUCUCUCUGCAUUUCAUCAAGCAUGAUUCAAAAUCGAUCCGCGAAGAAUCUAUUAUCUGCCUGUGUUAUGUAAUUGAGAAAUCUGUAUAUUUUACAAUAAACCGUUCUGAUUUGGUACUGUUGUCGUGUCAAGCACCUCCAAACGAGACGAUCGGCCGUAUCCUUAAUGUGGGGCUUCUUGAUUUCAACGAAGAAAUCAGGAAUUGCGUUUACACGUCUCUCAACAAGAAGAAUUUUAUCGAAAUACUUUCCUAUCCCCACUAUUCAGAUCUGAUUGUUCUUGGGUUAAAUGACGAAUCGUUCACGGUGCAACAUUCUUGUGUCAACCUUAUCUCUAAGAUUUCGGAAAAAAACCCCAUGAUCAUCCUGAAGUCCCUACAUCAAAGCAUAGAGAUGCUCCUCAACACCUUAAUGGCCACAUCUAGCAAUGCAAAGUUGAAACAGAACUCGAUUUACAUGAUUAGGCAGUUUUUGAAAUACUUUCACUCAUACAUGAGGCCAUAUAUCAAGCAGCUUUUCGAUAUCUUGCAUGCCUCUUUAAGGGAGUCGGAUGGCAUGGCAUUUUCUUCGUACAGAGCCCACUUAUUGGAAACACUUGGUGAAUUAUUUCUUUCCUCAGAAGAUCUGGAUUGCUUCAAUGUCAAUCUGAUUUGGUCGUUGCUGAUUGAAAUGUUUUUGGAGACCAUGGAGGACAGCUCCACACGUAUUUUGACGUAUCCAAAACAAAAAAGCGUUGCCGUCGAUAAAUUCUUGCUAGAUGAGGCUGACAAUGCCAGACAGUCGAUAUUAUCUUGCUUUAUAAACAUAUCGCGCUCCUCCACCUGCCAAAUAAGUGCACAUUCCUCUUUCCCGGAGUUUCAAAAUGCUCUCCUGUCCGUCCUUAGAUUUGAUCUUCAUAAGAAAACGCGGAUAUUGGCAAUCUCUUACUUGGGAUACAUUGGUCCCGUUGAUUAUGAAACAUUUUCCGACAAAAUCUCCAGCAUUCCUAGUCAGAGGCACCACAACGGUGCAGCUCACCCUUUGUUGCUGUGCAAUAAAACCUCAUCCAGCAUGAUUGCCGAGGAUCACUUUGCUUAUCAUAUCUUUUCAAUUCUUUUGAAAAUCCUUUCAGACCCGCUGCUUUGUCAGCAUCACACAAUCACUCUUCAAACGAUCGUCUUUGCUAUUACGUCCCUUGGAGAGGCCGCAACUUCUUUAUAUGAGCCGAUCUUUUCCGUGCUUAUUGGUUUGUUUUCAAGCUCAUCUUCCGCGUUUUUGGAAAAUUUAUGCCAUCAUUUGAUCACCUUGUCAUGCGUGGCUCAAUAUAACUUUCGACCGUAUUUGCCUCGAAUUCUUGGAAACUUAUUUAAGCUUCUCGAAUUGAACGAGCUUUCGUUGUCUUCUACCAUUUUUUCGCUGCUCCAUUCUUUGGUAAAGAUCUUUUCAAGCGAAAUGUUUCCAUACGUGCAGUUAAUCUUCAAGGCUCUAUUGCGAUAUCUUGAAGAUUCGUCCCAAUUUAUCAUGGAUCACUUGAUCACACCCCAUGGCUCCUCGACUUUGAAACAUGUACAAGCCAAGCCUCCUUUGUAUGGAAAUGUUGACGACAGCACGUUAAAUCUUAUGGACUCCGGUACGACGUCCAUUCGCAUUGACAUACUUUUAAAGAUCUUUGAAAUCUUACCUGCCAUGGGAAGAUCCUUAGAGGAGUAUCUUCAUCUAUUUUUGGGCUACAUAACUUGCAUGGUAGAAAAUCCAGCCCUGCAAUUUUUCUAUCGACGACAGGCGCUUGAUUGCAUUACACUAUUGUGUACAAAAGUGAAGAUCACCGGACAUUUUUCCAGAAUCAUUAUCCCGCUGAUGAGGACGCUCAGGUCUCUUUCGAUCGAUUCAAAACCUUCCGAAGAUCUGUUCAAAGAGGCUCUAUUGGAAAGCAUUUUUAUAAUCAUAUCUAUGUCUGGGAUCCAGGCUACCUCUAUUUUUACCGACAUUCUGGAAAAAAUUUCCUCCUAUUCUGAUUUGAUCAAGAACAAUAGCUUGCUUGACCAAGCAUACAUGGAUAUUAUCGGUUCAUUUGAAACCGACUGCCUGCAUGAAAGUUCGUUUGCCCCCUCCACUUGUAUUUAUGCGCUGAUUUCGAAAAGAUUUCCGCAAGAGGCUUCUGCCGGCGGUCCUCAGUUGCCUCGGCUAACAUCUUCAAAAUGUUCAUUGGUGCCCCCGGAAGCUUUCAAGCUAAAUCAGCUAGUCCUCAAAAAGGCUUGGGAUACUUCUCUUCGCGCUUCCAAAGAGGAUUGGUUGGAUUGGAUGAAAAAUAUAACCCUUGAGCUACUGAUACAAUCCCCCUCGGUUUUGUUAAGAAACUGCAUCAACUUGGCCACGAUGUAUCCAAAAAUAUCGAGAGAACUCUUUACUUUUUCUUUCCAUUCAUGCUGGUGCCACUUGACACAGGACUUUAAAGACGACAUUUUAGGGUCUUUUGUAGAAGCUGUUCGUUCUCCACAGGCGCCGGAAGAAAUCUUUCUUUUGUUUUUUGAUUUGGUCGAGUUUUUCGAAAGAAGAGCAGAACCUUUGAAAAUCGAUUUGUCCAUCCUAACAUCAGCCGCUGCCAGUGCUUCGCUGUAUGUCAAAGCUUUAAGAUAUAAAGAGCUCGAGUUUUUGGCGUCCCCUUCGCCCCAGCUCAUUGAACCCUUGAUUACACUAUACUCACUUGCCUCUUUACAUGAUUCCGCCGAGGGGGUUUUGUCGUUGGCAAAUCAUUAUGAAUUUCCGUUGCAGGAAAAUUGGUUUGAAAAGCUGCAAAAGUGGGACGAUGCGCUUCUUGUAUACAAAUCAAAUAUUUCUGCCAUACAUUCAGCUAAAGAUUGGGGUGCCAAUCCUGCGCUCAAAGACAUCUUCCAAAUUGAUGCUGUGGAGCCUUCGGAAACGAUUGGGUCCUUUUUGUGUCUAUUGGAUUCAAGCAGCUAUCCUUUGGCUUCUUUCUCGACCUUCAACUUUGAAAAACAGCCCAUUAAGCCUGUAUUGAGCUUCCCCUGUGCAAAUAUCAAAUCAAUCUUAUCGCAAACAUCACAGAAAUAUCUUUUUGAUUCCCUUUUCGAUUACUCGCUACGCAACACCGCUUUUGAAACGAUACCGUUUUUUAACGACAUCUUUGGCGCGCUUCGCUGCUUAAAAAACACCUACGACUGGGGUCGUCUUAUUACCGUUGGUAGGUUGCUGUGGUUUCAAACGCCCAUAAAGGAGUCUUCAUCGUUUUCAUUGACCAAUUUUAGAGAAACUCUCGCUCCAUUCAUUGCCAUCUCUUCGUGGGGACUUGACCGGUAUGACAUUUUGGCCGAAACCCUUCCAUAUAUUUCGAAAGAAAACUUUUUUUCUUCGUUUUUGAAUGCAGUUACGGCAACGUAUUUUAAGAACUGGACAGCGUACGACGUCGCAAUCGAGUCUGCCAAAACAUUUCUAGACAAUGAAACUUCUCCCUUCAUCUUUGAGAAAUACACAAAGUCAUUGUCGGUCACGGUGAAAAGCCAGCUUAUCACCGAGUUAGAGGAUGUCGCCGAAUUUUUUGGCAAUAGAUCCGGCUAUCCGCAUUUAGGCAACCGUAGUCGUCUUGAACAAGUUUGGUCGGCAAGGCUAUAUGCAGGCUCUUCCUCUUUGGAACAUAUGUAUCAGCUGCUUAAAAUCCAGUCUAUUAUUCCGGAAUUGUCGCCGGUCAGCAUAAAAUAUUGGGUUCGCUUUGCUAACAUGUGCAGAAAGAAAGGCUCCAUUCUUCUAUCCAUUCGCGUGUUGGAGUUUUUGUUUGUGAAAUCCUUCAAAAUCGACAUCAAUUUGCUGGAGCUGUGCCUGUCUUGCGACCCUGCAUUUAGCUCAUCUUCGAUUUCGAGCCUUUUCGUCGAAUUUUACAAUAAUUUCGAGUUAUUUCAUUUGAUUUUGAAUCUCUCAAAGAUCCUCAACGACCUCCAAAAGCAUGAGCUGUCCAUCACCGUUUUGUCCAAGUUGAUUUCUUUUGUGAUAGCAACAUUGUGCCCAGAUUGCGAUUGCAACGGCAUUAGUGGCAAUGGGUUUUUGGUGUGCAGCCACAUUUUGAAGCUAAUUGAGCCAUUGAAUGGCGGUAUGUUGGCAUCCCGGAAUUUGGCGGACAAAAACAGCGUUGAGGCGAUCACGUCGAAUUUGCAGCAGCUAUCUACGAAGGAAACUCUUUCCACCAAAGACAGCGAUGUUUCGGUGUCCAACAACCUUCACGCCUUUUUAUCUAAAUUGCUAGUGUUGUAUUCUAAAUGGAAAAAGGCAAUGGGAAGCAGCUCUAUUGAGUCCGCAGGCACCACCGGCUUAUAUAUGGAACGGAAUCUAUUUUCGAAAGAAAGUACCUUUUCAUCUGACAUCAUCACUCUUCAAAAAUUUUCAAUCCAGCUUGAUAGCAAUUCGUACAAGUCAUGGUAUUCCUGGGCUUUGUCAAACAUCGAGCUAAUUAGCCAACACGAUUCGACAAAAGCGGCCUCAAAACUGGCUCGCUCAAAUUUUCCCGCAUCGCCCCACUCCCUUUUUAAGGACUCCAAAUCCAGUGAUGGUGAGACAAGCUCCUCAUUGAUCAACAUCAUCAUUUCAGCCAUUUCCGGGCUAAUAAAGUCCAUUUCGCUUAACAAGCACGAAUCGUCGAUCCAAGAUUUGCUACGCAUCUUGACACUGCUAUUUAAAUAUGGCUCGCACCCCUCUAUACAAAAAUCCUUUUUGAAUGGAUGCUCGAUACUGCCAAUCGAUGCAUGGCUUCAAGUCAUACCUCAACUCAUUGCUCGUAUCCAAAUAAGUAAUAUUUCGAUCAGGCGAAUUGUACAUCAGCUGCUGUUGGAAAUCAAUAAUUCACAUCCGCAAUCGUUGCUGUACAGCCUUGCCGUUGCAUCUAAAUCGACCAAUUCACAAAGAAAGUCCAUUGCCAUAGGAUUGCUUAACAAAAUCAGAUUGUCCUCCCCUGUUUUGGUGGAUCAGACUCUCCUGAUUUGCAAUGAAUUGGUUCGUGUUGCUGUUUUAUGGUCUGAGCUGUGGUCUGAUGGGCUCGAAGAAGCCAGCAGGCUGUAUCACGCGCAGAAGGAUAUUUCUGGCUCCAUACGAAUACUGGAUUAUCUCCACCAAGUAAUCCAGCAAGAACCCAAAACCAAGGACGAGGCUAAUUUUAUCGAACAAUACGGAUCUGUCCUGAAAAAGGCGAGAGAAUAUAUUCUUACUUACUUGCAUUCAAAAAAUUCUGAAGAUCUAGUUCUGGCCUGGGAUUUGUAUACAAAUGUAUUUGAGCAGUUGAGCCAAACUCUUGCUCUCUUUCAUGAUAUAAACCUUUCCUCUGUGAGCCCUUCCAUAUUUUCGCAGCGAGAUUUUCAGCUAGCCGUUCCAGGCACGUAUUCUUAUGGCCCCACAGCGGCGGUUUGCAUAGCUUCAUUUCAACCGACCAUCAAUCUGAUCCAAUCAAAACAAAGACCAAAAAAAUUGAAAAUAAUCGGCUCCGACGGGUUGGUUUACAAAUUUCUGUUGAAAGGAAACGGAGAUCUUCGACAAGAUGAAAGGGUGAUGCAGUUUUUUGGCCUUGUCAAUAGCAUUUUGUUGGAGGAUGCAGAAACCAAAAGACGCCAUCUUCAAAUUCAAAAGUAUCCUGUGAUUCCGAUCUCGCCCACCACUGGACUACUCGGUUGGGUCAGGCGCUGCGAUACCAUUCAUGAUCUUUUGAAGAGUUACCGUUCGGAACGCAACAUUCCCCUGAUUGAUGAGCACCAGCACAUGCUCAAGAACUCGUCAAAUUAUGAUUCUCUCCCAAUGUUGCACAAGAUUGAGAUCUUCACUUCGGCUUUGAAUACAUUUCCGGGAGAUGAGCUGUCUAAAAUCUUUUGGCUGCAAUCAAAGUCCACCGAACAUUGGCUUGAAAGGCGUACUUUGUAUCAGAAAAGCCUUGCCUUGAUGUCUAUGGUCGGAUAUGUUCUUGGGCUAGGCGACCGUCACCCGUCAAAUUUGCUGGUCGACCGCGAAAGCGGCCGCAUCAUACAUAUCGAUUUUGGAGACUGCUUUGAGGUGUCCAUUCAUCGCGAAAAGUUUCCAGAGCAGGUCCCGUUUCGGCUUACUCGAAUGCUUGUAAAUGCUAUGGAGGUGUCAAAGACCAGAGGAAUGUUUCGCAUAAUUUGCGAACACGUUCUUCGCGUUUUGCGCUCAAACAAAGAGAGCCUAUUGGCGGUUCUGGAGGCCUUCAUCUAUGAUCCCCUUAUCAGCAUGCGGCUAUCAAGCACUCCGGAACCGAUAUCUGAUCAAAUGUCAACAUAUCCACCCGAGUUAUCGAAAAAGGCCUUUUCCUCCUUUUUCAUUGAAUUGCCCUCUUCUAUUGUUGACCAUGAUGUAAAUAACAGGCCAAAAGGGAUAGAUGACCUUUUGCCCGUCGCUGAAGAAGAUGGCAUGCCUCAAGAUCAUGCCACGAUAAAGGUGCUCAAGGCCAUAAGUAGAGUUUCCGAAAAACUGGCGGGAACCGAUUUCCAGCAUCAAGAAAAGCCUUUGGACUACAAAAGCCAGGUGUCUUUGCUUAUCGACCAGGCUACAGAUAUUGAAAAUCUGUGCCAGUGUUAUGUCGGAUGGUGUCCCUUCUGGUAG